GCUAUCAAAGGAUUGCUAUGGAGCUACAACUGCUGUUGCUGGUCUUUUGGCUGCCUGUUCACAUUACACUGAGUCCUCAAAAUUCGUACCAGAGAUGUCGAUGUAUAAAUUCUACAACUAAAUUUCAUCCUAAACAGUUUGAAAAAAUAGAGGUGACACUACCAACAUCUUUCUGCAACUAUACAGAAAUUAUAGUAACAGUAAGGUCUACUCGCCAAUGUCUUAAUCCGAAAACUGAACUUGGAAAAAUAAUAAUAUCCUGCUUGGAAGAAAAUGGGAGCAAUUCAAAAGUUGAGAAGAAAUGUGUGAAAAAAAAAUGGAGACAAUUGCAGAAUAAAACCAAAAACAAGAUGAGGAAAAAAAGAAAGAGCAAGAACAAGCAUAAGAAAAAGCAACAGUAAUGUUAAUAUUAUUGUUGAAAAAGGAAACUUUUUUUUUACACAGCUGGCAGAGGAGCAAGUUUGGUGGAUUAAACCACUGAAUCCACUACAUCUAUUUCUUCAAUUCAGAACAAUAAAAUGAAAAUAAAAUACAUUUUUCAACUUUUAACAGCUUUUUCACUGUAUCU